UUAAGACUCAUUCCCAACGUAGGAGUAGCCACCAGAAGUUUUGUAUUUGAUAUCAUUGAUAAGGAACUGGAGAUAGGUGUCACUUAUAGAGUGGGGAGGUUCUCCGAUAGAAAUGCACUCUCUGACAGAUUAUCUUUUAAAAGUAAAGUCGUGAGUCGCAAUCAUGCAGAGUUAUGGACCGAACAAGGAAAGGUCUUUUUACGUGACAUAGGAUCGUCGAGUGGUACCUUUCUAAACAGAAUUCGACUGAGUCCACCCAGUCAUAUAAGCCCUCCUCACGAGAUAAAGGAUGGUGAUACGAUUCAAUUAGGCGUUGAUUACCAGGGUGGGUUGGAGCCUAUUUAUCGAGCAGUGCGUAUUCGUGUAGAAUUGAAUAGACAACAGCAAACGGCCGAUAACCCAUUUACCCGGACUGCAUUCCAACAUCGGAUGCCCUUGAAUACAUCAAGGGCAGACAUUCAAGAAUGUUGUAUUUGUCUUUAUGCUAUUGCGCCUUUUCAAGCUCUAUUUAUUGCACCCUGCUCACAUAUAUUUCACUUUAAAUGCCUUCGACCCAUCGUAUUCCAAAAUUAUCCAGGCUUUUCUUGCCCGCUUUGUCGUAGUUACUUUGAUUUGGAAGCGAGCGUGGCCGUGGAAGUAGAGGAAGUCUUGGAGGCCUUG